UGUGUGCACGCAUAUAUGUUAUUGCACUUUUUCUGCUUGGACAGAUCAAGGCCCUCCAUCAGUGACAGCAUCUCUUUGUUCUCCAGUGGAUCACUGUCCUCAUAUGAGGCAGACCUCAAUCACCACACAUCCCCUGUCAUCAAGAUGGGCUGGCUGGAGAAGACCCCGCCUCGAGGGUCUCGGGGUUUCCAAAAGCGUUGGGUUAGGCUGGAUGCAGAUUACCUGAGAUAUUUCAAAAAUGAGAAGGAGAAUUUCUCAAAGAAGAUAAUACCAAUGUCCUCAAUCAAUGAUGUUGUUAGAGCUGGCAACCGGAAGAUGGAGGUGGUAACACAGCACCGGACAUUCCAUUUCCGAGCUCAGUGUGAAUUGGAGAGGGACAUGUGGGCAUCAGCCCUGGAGGAUACGAUGUGGGAUCAGCGCAGUUCCUGGAGCAUACCCCAUUCCAUCCUCAUGCAGGGCCAUCUGGAAAUGCAAGGGCGCAAGUUAUAUGUGGUUGUCUACAUAGGCAAAGUCUUUCUCUACGAGAAUGCUGAGGAAUUCAAAACAGGCAUAGGUAUUACCUCCAUCGAGAUGAAUGUGGGGACUGUGAAGGACGCAGAUCACCGGGCAUUUGAGCUUAUCACACCUUUCAAAACAAUCCGUUUUGUAGCAGACCAAGCAAAGGAGGAGUGGCUGGCAGCCAUGAAAAGCUCCACUGAGGAAUCUUUCUCCAAUCAGGAGGUGCUCACAAGGAUAUGGUCUGAGGACUCCAACAGGUUCUGUGCAGACUGUGGAGAGGCCCUACCUAAAUGGGCAUCCAUCAACCUGUGUGUGGUGGUCUGCGAGCAAUGUGCAGGAAUACACAGACGUCUUGGCUGUAAUAUCUCUAAAAUACGGAGUCUGGAAAUUGAUGUAAAGGUGUGGACUGAUGAGCUUAUUCAGCUAUUCUUGCUUCUUGGAAAUGAACGGGCAAACCUGUUCUGGUCGUCAAAUGUGCCUCCAGGAAAUUUUCUUUCUUCGUCGAGCAGCAGCGAGCAGCGCAUGCAUUUUAUCGCUGCUAAGUACCAGGAGGGCAGGUUCCGCUGCCGCCACAAACUGUUCGGUCAUCAGGAGAAGCUCAACAAUGCCCUAUGUAUAAAUGUUCAGACAGAUGAUGUCUUUGAGACUCUGUGCUUGGUGUUCUGUGGUGCCAAUGUACACUGUGACACACACUGCUCAGAAUCUCCCACUCCCAUCUCCCUGGCUAAGAGCCACAACCAGACACUUCAAGCUGAGUUUCUGUACCUGAACCAGAACACAUCUGUCCCAAGCCCAGAAGGCAGACAUAUAUUCAGCAAAACUCCCAGUGCAGCUUUUCCAUCCAUCACACGGAAAGGUUAUCUGUUCAAGAUUGGCUCUGUGACACGGCCAGUCACAAGACGUAAAGCCAAAGAAGAGUUCCGCCAGCGCUGGUGCAGCCUUACUGGAGAGAGUUUUAGCUACUACGAAAAAGAAACAAAUUCCAACCUGAAGGGGGAGCUGAAGAUAAAGGAGAUUGCUUCCCUGGCAAUCAAUCCCCCAGAGACACAUGGGUAUGCUCACACAUUUGAGAUUUUCACCACCUCUGGGCGACUCUACCUUUUUGGAGCAGAUGACGCCCACACAGCACAGGAAUGGAUCAAGUCUAUCGCCAAGGCCAUUGUCCCACCCAGUGCAGGUGAUAUGGCUGACCUGGACUUUAAGCGGAUGGGGAAACUGCUUUGCAGGGACAGGCUGAAUCUGCUGAAUCCCCAGAUGGGUUUCUUUGUCCUGGCGGGCACCAUUCUCCAUUCCUGCUUUGAGAAUAGCGAGAGGGCAGACAUUGACCUACGUAAGCUGAAGGAACUCUCUGUCCGGCAGGAGAAUGAGGUGAUUGUAUUGGUGGAUAAAUACAGGACUCUGCACUUUGAGAUUGAGCAAAAUCUUGAGUUCCUGGGUUGGUGCGCAGCCUUUAAGCAAUCAGCACAGAGCACAGGGAACACGUUAAGCCAGCAGCAGCUGACCCAUUUGGACAUUCCUGUGAUUGUGGACUGUUGCAUCAACUACCUCACAAAGUAUGGACUAACCCUGGAGGGUAUCUAUCGUAAGAGUGGUGUGAACUCCAGCAUCACUGCCCUACUGGAGGCCUUCCGGCAGGACGCGCGCACAGUGUGGCUGCAGGAGGAUACGCACGGAGUGGAGAAUGUGUCAAGUGUCCUGAAGAAGUUCUUCAGAGAUUUGGAGGAUAACAUCUUCACCAACGCAGCAUCAGUGCAUUGGCUGGAUGUUACUGCUAUCAGAGAGCAGAGCCAGAAGGUUGCACAGUACCAGUCUCUUUUAUGCAGCCUGCCACCUGUCAACAAGGCCACUUUACAAGCGCUCAUCAACCAUCUCUACUGCGUCCAGCACUUUGUGAACAUUAACCAGAUGAGCCCGUACAACUUGGCCAUAGUGUUCGGCCCCACUCUCUUCCAGACAGAUGGCAGAGACAGCAGUGCCUGCCAGGUCAUUGAAGAGCUCAUUCAACACUACGUGGCCAUUUUUAAUGUGGAUGAACAGCAUCUGCAGACACAGCUCAAUGAGAUCAAACUCAUCAAUAAGGUGUGGGAGGAUGUGCCAGAGGUAAGAACAAUGCUACAGAGCAUUCCACCUCCACACAUUUUCUGCACUGUUUACCUGGAGGAGAAGGAAGAAAGGGAAGAACACCAUAUCAAGAUUUCAGUCGCCAUGACAGCUGCCGAGCUUAUUCUGGAGAUCUUGGAUAAGUGCAAAAUCUGCUGGAAUGAGCAAGAGUAUUGGAGCUGUUUUGAAGUGAAUGAAAGUGAAGGGACAGAGCGAUUGCUGCACUAUCAGGAGAAAGUGCUGCCUAUCUGCUACUCCCUGGGGCCGGAGAGCAUCCUGUUAGUUAAGAGAAACAUAUUUAUGAAGGCAAUGCUGAAUUACCUGGUUGCAAAUGAGGAAAUGAAAAAAAGUGGGGUGAUGAAGUUUCGGGAGGAGCGGACUCUUCUAGGCCGGGGAAGAUUCCUUGCUUGCUUCUUUGUCCUCUUGGACACCUCUCUCAUGCUCCUCAAGGAAGAACACAGUAUUCGGCCAGAGAAGGAGUGGCCAGUGAAGUCCCUCAGGGUCUGUCAGGGCAUAAAGGCAAAGUUGCAACCACCCACAAGCUGGGGGAUGACCGUAGUAUGUGAAGAUGAGAAACAGCAGAAUCAGCGAUGGUACAUAUGCUGUGAGACAGAGAUUGAUAUGAUAGAGUGGAUGGCCACAUUCCUGAGUGUUCAGCAUAAGGGCAAUGUGUGGCCAGUGGAGCACAUGAAGGUAGAGUGAAUCAUCCUCCUAUUUGGCUGUGUGAGAAGCAGCCAGCAGGAGGCAGUGUGGAACCGGGCCAACAUUCCCAUUACCCCAGGGACACAGGAUCUUCACACAUCUCUUAAAUAAUAUACAGUAGCAAGACAUGAAAUGAGCGAAACCUACAUUAAAUAUUUAUAACUACGUGUGUGAUGUGAAAAUUGUUUUAUGUUCCUAUAGUAGUGGUGUCAUGUGAAGGAAAUUUACUAGUCCUGAUUCUAGCCUGGCUCAAGCUGUCACCAUGGCAUUGUAAGUUGCCAUGACACCUGCCUCAGCAGCCAGCAUUUCAGUGCACUUUUAAUAUAAUUUUCAUGUUUUUGUUAGGGUAGCAUAUCACAAAGUUAAUGUUCCAAGUGUUUAUCUUCUUUGUAAAUUUAGUGGUGAUCCAUUUGUUAAAAUUUUGCCCAUUGGAUCUGCGUUUCAGGAUGUUUGCUUUGUGACAAUGGGGCAUACAGUAGAAAUGCAUUUGAUAGGGGCAAAUGUCAAUGAAACAGCAUCCUGCUAUCAGUUAAUAAAAUAUUUCUUUUCAUCUGCCUUGCAAUAUGCCUAAUUUAGCAUAUUUUCACAAAGUUGGUCACAUAUAAUUCUUGUGAGAUGCACGCAUUGCACGUGACAUAAUAUAUUUUAUGGAAUUUGAAUUCAUUGUCUACAUCGGACCUCUGCGUGAUUUGCAGUGUCUCAGAGAUGCUCAGGAUCAUGGAUGUCCUAAGCCUGGAAAAAACAACACUAAUAGACACCUCCAUUUAUGCUAGAAUGUUAUGGCAAAUAUAACUAGAGAAUUUUAUGAAUAAUUUUUUCUAUUUGUAAGCAAAACAGUUACCAAGACAGGUGUGUUGAAAUGUUGUGUUGUGAGAUUAAACAAUAAGAAU